ACAAAUAUUGAUAUCGAUUUUAUUGUUUGUUCAAUAUCUACGAUGGGUCACCGAGUUGCCACCGGUCGGGCGGGUACGGUUCCAGGCGGUCAAGCUCACGAGAGAUUUUUGUGCCGAUUCGUAGUUUUGCUUAUUUCUUUAAAAGGAUAAAACGGUAAAUAACAAACAGAAAUCUAUUUUAAGGUGUUUAAUGGUACUAUAAUAGGUAGUUAUACAAAAUAUUAUAGUUGGAUUGCACUGACUCAUUUAGUACUAAGCGAGUUGAGGUAUUGUAUUUCCGUAGAUAGUUUCUUACCAAAAUACAAAUAAAACGGUAAUAAAUAAGAUGUAAAAGUACGGCGGAUAAAAGAUUAAGUAGGUAGGUAUCUUAUUUCUGCGCUUGUAUAGAACGAAUUUGAGUCAAAAAGUCUAAGCCCACAUACACCACGUCUGAGAUAGUAAUGCGAGCGUAAAACACGAGUCUCCGUGCGGAGGUAAUUAUAGUUCGUCCAGUUUUAGUGCGUUCCGCCGUAUUUUUUUACUAUCUUUAAUAUUUUUUAUUGUCUUUAAAUUUAUAUAAUUAUUUUUUGUUUUUAAGCGAUUGGAAACUUCCUCAUUCUUUAUAUCAACAGAAGAUAUAAAAGAUUAGGCUGUAUGGUGUGAUACCUUGGCCUUGUUUGUUGGAAAAUAGAAUUACUGCCUACUUUCAGUUUGACAGUUUGUGGUUUGACCACUCCGGCUGUCGUGCCUUCCAUAGCCGCUACUCUACUAGAUAUCAUCAGUUUUGUGAACAAUCGUGUUUCUUAUGAAAGUAGUUUACUAACACAACUUGAAAAUUAUUUACUGAAGUCACGAUGUCGUGGCUAUUUGGGUACAGUUCAAAACCUCCACAACCUCCUCCUUCGGACGAUCCACCAGCCGAUGGGGUUGGUGUUGCCGCACCUUCUACUAACCUUUCUAAAUCAGAGAGGAAAGCCAUGGAAGCCUACCGGUUUGAUUCAAGUGCCCUAGAGCGAGCUGCAUCGGCUGCAAAAGAGCUGGAACGAUCAAGACAUGCAAAAGAUGCUUUGGAGCUUAGUAAACUUCAGGAAAGUACUCGACAACAGGAGCAAAUGGCCAAGAUUAAGGAAUAUGAAGCAGCCAUUGAACAAGCUAAAGUAGAACAAAAGAAAGUUGAUUAUGAAGAAAGACGAAAAACAUUACAGGAAGAAACAAAACAGCACCAAAUGAGAGCUCAAUACCAAGAUCAAUUAGCUAAAAAACGUUACGAAGAACAACUUGUACAACAACAGAAAUCUCAAGAAGAAAUUCUCAGAAAACAAGAAGAGAGUGUAGCAAAACAGGAAGCCUUAAGGAGAGCUACUAUAGAACAUGAAAUGGAGCUGCGAGAGAAAAAUAAAUUGAGAGCAAUAGAAGCAGAAGCUCGAGCCAAAGCGCAGGCUGACAGAGAAAAUCGAGACAUAAAUCUUGAACAAAUUAGACUAAAGGCUGCUGAGAACAGAGUUACUAUUCUAGAAAGUAUAAAGACAGCUGGGAGCGUAGUAGGUUCUGGUCUGAAUGCAUUAGUGACAGAUUGGGAUAAAACUUUAGCUGCUGCAGGGGGUUUGUCAUUAUUGGCACUUGGUGUUUAUUCAGCAAAGGGAGCCACAUCGGUUGCAGCUAGAUUCAUUGAGGCUCGCAUUGGAAAACCCACACUUGUUAAUGAAACCUCAAGAUUUUCAUUGUUAGAGGCAGUUAAACAUCCUAUAUUGACAGUUUCAAAAGCUGUUUCGAGUUUUAGAAAACCUCAGGAUGCUCUGGCUGGUGUAGUUCUAGCUCCAAAUCUGGAAAAAAGAUUGAGAGACAUUGCGAUUGCUACAAAAAAUACUAGAUUGAAUAAAGGUUUUUAUAGAAACUUGCUCAUGUAUGGACCUCCUGGAACAGGAAAAACAUUGUUUUCCAAGAAACUUGCAAAACAUUCUGGUAUGGAUUAUGCCAUAAUGACGGGUGGUGAUGUUGCUCCUAUGGGCAAAGAUGCAGUAGCAGCUAUCCAUAAAGUAUUUGACUGGGCAAACACCAGCAGGAAAGGUGUUCUUGUUUUCAUUGAUGAAGCAGACGCAUUCUUGAGAAAACGUUCUUCAGAAAAAAUCAGUGAGGAUUUAAGAGCAGCAUUGAAUGCAUUCCUCUACAGAACUUCUGACCAAAGCAGCAGGAUUAUGUUGGUUUUGGCCUCGAACACACCUCAACAAUUUGAUUCUGCUAUCAAUGACCGUCUCGACAAAAUGAUUGAAUUUGGUUUGCCAGCUCUUGAAGAGAGAGAAAGAUUGAUUCGCCUUUAUUUUGAUAAAUUUGUUCUGCAACCAGCAUCUGAAGGAAAGAGACGAUUAAGCGUUGAUCAAUUUGACUAUGGUGCUCUGUGUUCGACCUUGGCAACGAGAACAGCUGGUAUGUCUGGUAGAGCACUUUCAAAAUUGGGUGUGGCAUGGCAAGCCGCCGCCUACGCCUCUGAUGAUGGUCGUCUCACCGAACAAAUGUGUAUCGACAUUUGUGAUGAUGCUGUCAGAGAUCAUCGGCAAAAGAUGGAGUGGCUAUCAGCUGAAGAGAAAAGUCGUAGUAUGAUGCCAUAUUUAUUAGACUUGCCCCCCUUAGAUACCAAGGAUGAUACCUCGAAUAAAAUUAAUGUUAUAGAAAAAGAUACCAAUGAUGAUAGUACCAAGAUAAAGCCCAAAUCUAAGGCAAAGGUAGCAAAGGAAUUUGAUAAAGAUAAGUGACACUUAACACUAUUAGUCACAAAAAAGCCAGCAGAAUUAAAUGAAAUGUGUUCCACCAACAAAGUAGAUAAUAGUACCCAUGAAACUCAUGAAGCCAAUUUUGACUUUCGCAUUUCUAAACCAUAUACUUACGUACAACUAAGUGAUAGUGAAAUAAAACAAAUGCAACACCUUUCAAGACAAAUGAAAAUAAGAUUGACAAAGAGCAAAUAGAAAAUUGGACUUCAAUUUCAUAGAAUAAUAAUUGUAUGAUGCCAUUUGCAGCUACUUAAUGCGAGUUUGAAAAUCUGCAAUCAUUAAUAGUAUAUAAAAAUUGCAUUCCUGAAUCGAAUAAAUUAAAAUUCUAAAAAUAAUUAGCUAUAUAUUUACAUAUAUUUAAAAAUGCAUUUUAAAGUUUCAAAAUAAACUGAAGCAAUGGAACAUGGUGUUAAAAUAUAAUAUUUGUUGAAAAGAGGCCUUCACAUGUGCGGGGUUAGCUUAAGCUUGUUAUUGUUGUUACACGCUUGGUAAUUUAACUGUUUAAAAUCUGGGCAAGGUAACUUGAGUAAUAUUUUUAAGUCUUAUGGUCUUCAUUUAAUUUUGAUGUACGUAUAUGUACGAAUAUCCCUGCUAUUUGAUCAAGAUGUGCAUAUGUUGAGUGAAUUUAAUUUCUUAGUAUUAGUAAAAUAACCUGUUUCUUUUGAAAGGUUAAUUAAACUAAUCAAAGUUUAAAUAAUCUAGUAAAUCUACCAAACAAUUUUCUGAAUUUUUUGGUUCAUUGAUGAUUUCUUAAAAAAAAACAAUCUUAUUUGUGAGCUAAUUAGAAGCUUAGGAUACAAGAGAGUCAAGGAUUUCCAAUAUAAAAUCGCAAUCUAAAAUAGUGAAAUUGCAAGUGUUAAAUAUAACCAAUAUCGACUCGAAAAUCUAUAGGUACUUUGUUAGCUUUUUUUGACCUGGCCAUCCUGCCCAUGAAUAGUUAAAUUUUCAAUAUCAUUAAUCCAUACUUUGCCUUCGCAUAAUGAAUCAUUGCUACAACAAACAAUUGAGCAACUCUUAAACAACACUUAGGGUACUUAGGGGUAUAAAUUCUGUAAUUGAAAACAAUGAUAAUUUUAAUAAUUGAUUAUUUAGUAAAGACGCUAAUCUGAUUCUGCCUUAUUUAGAAUUAGUAUGGCAAUAAAUGGUAAUGGUGAUAAAAUGAAAAUAAAAAACCUCAGAUAAAUAUAUAUAUAUAUAUAUAUAUAUAUAUAUAUAUAUAUAUAUAUAUAUAUAUAUAUAUAUAUAUAUAUAUAUAUAUAUAUAUAUAUAAAUAUAUUUUUCAUAUUAGCAGCAUUGUAGUUAGUGUUGAAACACAAAUGUUUUCUUUAAAGCUAUAAGUUAUUACUGACUACGACUAAAAUGCAAUUAAUGAUUAUAAGUUUGAGAAUUUGUAAGCCCAAGUUUAUGAAAAAUUCACGCGCGUUGUUCUCGGCGAGUUCAUAUUUAUGCCUUAAAGCGUGCCUUUAGCACACACGAACAUCUUUAUGCGUUUGAAAACUACUCUUCCGAGCACAUCGCGCGCGACUUUUAUCAGCACACCUUACGCUACCUUACUGACAUCGCAGUUGCAUUUCAACCUUGAACACGUAUAGUACAAAAUUUUCGGACCAUGCCCAAUAGCUCACAAUGCGUACGUAAAUAAACAGGGCGUGAAUAGUUGCAAGGUUUCACGUAUAAAAGAAACUAUUCAUAAUGUGAGUGUAAAAAGUAUGAAUGUUACUUAAAGUUAGAGAUUGCACAUUUGCCUUUGAUUCAUAUUUGACAUGGAGAAUGGGAUGCGCACUAGUUGAACGCAUUAAAAUUGUUAAUGGCUCUGAAAAAGGAGAUAUUGUGGUAGAACUCAAGCAAUAAAUAAUAUUAUUUGGCUGGUGUUAACUGUUAUAAAUUAGUUACUAUUAGAAAAUUGUUAUAUUGCAAA